CCUUAAUUUUACCAAAAUUCAAUUUCCCGCCCCGCAAAUUUGCUGAAACUUAAUUUUUACUUACACCAUUUUCAUUUCUGUGUAGCAAAUCCACUGUAACAAAAGAGAAAAAGAAUCCACCUUUAUCAAUGGAGAUGCUUUGAUAUAAUUCAAGAUUCAACUUUUUAUUUCAACGCUGUACAUUGGGUUUUAUCAAUCUUGCUGGAUUUUGUGUUUUAAGGGUUCAUGUUGGAUUAGUGAUUUCAGGAUGGAUGAAGAUAAUGCUGUUGAAAGGUGUCAUAAAAGUCGUCCUGUUUUGAGAAAUAUAACGAAUCAGCUUGGAAACAAGAGGCCAUUUUCUUCACUUUUGGGCAAUUCAAGUCUAAAGUGUGUAGAUAAGGGAAAUGAAAACCUAGGGGGUAAAUUUGUUUCGGUAGAUGACGGAGAUAAUGCAAAACGUGUUUGUGUUGGUCCUCGACCUUGUAGCAAGAUUAAGUCAUCAAAGGUGGAUGUUAUAUCAGGGAUUUCAAAUAUACCAAAUGACAACCAGGAUUCCAGUUUGUUGCGAGUUGAUUCAGCUACUGCUGUCUGCCAAAGUACAAUCGGAGAUAAGGAGAACAAUGAUGCUUGUGGGAGUGCUAUUGAAAUUGUCAAUGAUCGGGAAAUAAUUCCAAAGAAAAAUUCUGAAGUGAUAAAUGAUAUGGAUGGUGUGGUAACUGGGGUGCCAGUGCCAGCAUUGUCCGGAACUGAUGACCAUGAUGCUACUCGGAGUUGUGGAAUUAACGAGGAUAGUGAGGACACUGAAAGUGAGGAUAUGUUUCCUAAUGGCCCCGAUGAGCAAGGUCUUGAUAAUCUGGUUAUGAGUCAGUCUGGGUCAGUAGACUUGGCAAGAUUGCCAGAUUCACAGGAGUCAAGAGUUAAACUUGAAACAUGUACAGGAACACAAGCUUGUGAGGAUAAUUCAGGUUUAAGUGCAAGCAUUGAGUCAAUCAAAGCUUGCUCUUGUACCUUUUGCACCAAAGCUGCUUAUAUAUGGUUAGACCUACAUUACCAGGAUACCAAGGGUCGGAUAAGUGCCAUAAAGAAGAGUCAGAGAGAAGCAAGUCUUUUAGUUGAAAGAAGUGGCAAGGGUAAAGAGCUUCAGAAGGAGGGUCCAGAAAAGAAUACUGAAGCAGCAAAUCUUGAGUCAAGUUUAAUGGGUCACUGGAAGUCACUCUUUCAACACAUGGAGCACAUUUUUCAACGGGAAGCCGACCAGCUAGAAGGUAGUUUAGUUACACUGACCGACCUCAAAGACAGAUGCAAGACAGAACUAGAUUCGUCCAAUGGGACCCCAGAGAAUUGCUAGUAGGUUCCAAAUCUUCUGUUUGAGGUUCAUUUUCUAUAAGUAUUUUGGUUGCUCAAGUUUUAACAUUGAUGUAUUGUACUUGUGAAAUCUUGUAUAACAGUCUGGUUGAUGUAAAAUAGUUAGAAAAUGGUGUAAUAUUCUUGGUGAUCGAUCAUACAUCACAACAGAAUGAGUUUCAUUAGAUUGAGUGCUGCAGUGUUUAUUAUAGUA